AUGUUGGCGGGGGCCGGCUUUAUCAUAAGCUGCCUGCUCAUUGGCUCUGGCGGCAACUACACCGUUCUCCAAGUGGGCUGCCUCUUUGCCAUCACCGACCUUGGCUACGACAUUGAUAUCACCCCAAUGUAUAUUCUCAAGGUUUCCCCUACAUCCUCCCGUGGAAAACUCACCUCCUUCCCCGAGGCGUUCUUUAACGUCGGCGCCGUCCUCAGCCACAUCAGUAACUAUUUCUUCCGUAAAGUCCAACUCGACCAUGGGUGGUGUGUCCUACUCAAGUUGGGAGCACUCUCCUCGUACUUGCUCACUAUAGGGGUCCUAGCUAUGUCGGAAUCCCCUCGGUGGCUCAUCAUGUAUGGCCUCCUCAACGACAUGAUGCAAAUCCUCAAACCGAUCUCCGACUCCAACGAGGAGUCCAAGAUCCGCUAA